GACUAAAGCUCCACAACUAGCAUGGCCAUUUUGGUCGGGGAUUCUGGGAGUUGCAGUCCAAAAUAUCUUUUCCGCAGACAUUGGGACUGACUCUAAUAGAGCGUCAGUCAUGUUAGUUCUGCUGAAGCCAGUUUCAGACAUGGGCUUCUCUCCACUGCUGGCCCAGCUGCCUUUCUCUGGGCAAUGUUUGGACGUCCGCAAGACGAACACAGAUCAUGGUUUAUAAUUACCACCAUUAAAAAUAGCAAUUGAAUAAACUGAAUGCAGUGAGGCUGUUGUGUAACCAACUACCAGGCUAGAAGGAAGAGCCAGAAGAGUGUCAUCUUCUAAAACCGUCAACUACUGUCAACAGGGAGCAGCUCCCCCAAAAGAAUGUCUUGGGAUUCUCUGCAUGGUGAUGAUUUGCGGCGCCCCAGGAUACGAGCAGGUUCAAGCACCACUUCCAGCAGCCAGAAAGGCUCUGAGACACCAGAACUGGGAGCACUCCAGCGCAUGCUGUGGACACCCAUACCUUUACAUGGCAAUGUCAAUGAAGUCUGGCCUAACCUCUAUAUUGGAGAUCUGUAUAUAGCCCGUAACAUAGAGCAGCUUCGUCAUAUGGGAAUCACCCAUAUUGUGAAUGCUGCUGCUGGAAAAUUUCACAUUGACACUGGAGCCAAAUUCUAUAAAGACCUGCCAGCGGACUACUAUGGUGUUGAAGCAGAUGAUGAUCCAAAAUUCAAUCUCAGUAUUUACUUCCACUCAACUGCUAAAUAUAUCCGAGCAGCACUGAACACACCAAAAGGUAAAGUAUUAGUCCACUGUGCCAUGGGCAUAAGUCGCUCAGCAACCCUUGUGCUUGCCUUCUUGAUGAUCUGUGAAAACAUGACCCUUGUGGACGCCCUAAAGUCUGUGCGGGAACACAGAGGGGUCUGUCCAAACUCUGGUUUCCUCAGCCAGCUUCGCGAUCUUGACAUUCAACUAGCAAGAGAAAGAGGGAGAAAGAGCUGAUCCCCUGAAACUUUCAGUGAAGGAUAUUUAUGCUGCGAUUCAAGCCUAAGGAAAAAGUCAGGAAGACAACAUCUCAAGGGAGCAUCUGAACUCUGGCUCUGUGCGCUAGUAAAUAUUUCUGGGUAGCGAAAUGAAAAAUAGUUGUGUAUUUCUUUGAUGUUCACAACUCAUUUGAGAUUAAAGGAGUGCCAGAAACCUGGCAUACAUAUGUGA